GGUCGCUCCCCCUGGAGCUGGGGCUGGGCCGGAUGCGGGCUUGUCUGCUAUAAGAGGCUGCCUGUGUGCAAGGGGACUUCCAGCGGCCACUGCACGGCUCGGCGCCGGGGUCAUGGAGCUUCCUCUGCUGUGCGGGCUACUGGUGAUGGCUGGUGUGAUUCCAGGCCAGGGAGGGAUCCUGAACCUGAACAAGAUGGUCAAGCAAGUGACCAACAAGACACCCAUCCUCUCCUACUGGUCCUACGGCUGUCACUGCGGCAUCGGUGGCAGAGGCCAACCCAAGGACGCCACAGACUGGUGCUGCCGGGUCCACGACUGUUGCUAUGCCAGGCUGAAGAAGACCCACGGCUGCCACCCGCUCGUGGACAGCUACAGAUACACCUUUGCCGAGGGCCACGUCCAGUGCUCGGACAAGGGGAGCUGGUGUGAGCAGCAGCUGUGUGCCUGUGACAAGGAGGUGGCCCUCUGCUUCAAGCGCAACCUGGACACCUACCAGAAGCACCUGCGUUACUACUGGCGGCCCCGCUGCAGCGGCCAGGCCCCUGAAUGUUAGCAGGAGCCGCCCCGUCUGCACCAAGACCACUUUGCCCCACCCCCGCCUCCACCUGCCAGGGGCCACCAUGGCCUGCAGACAGUAACACCGUGGCGAGGCGCAGAUGUGUUGCAAGGGUUCAGCCUCCACUUGCCACGCUUGCAUCCCAUUGCCAAGCCCCAGUUUAAGUCCCAGCUGCUCUGCUUCUGAUCCAGCUCUCUGGGUACUUGAUAGCCCGAGUACUUAGACCCCUGCCACCCAUGUGGAAGACCUAGAUUGUAUUCCUGGCUCCUGGCUUCAUCCUGGCCCAGCCCUGGCUGUUGCAGGCAUUUGGGGAGUGAACCAUGCAAUGGAAGAUCUCUCUCUCUGUGUCUCUCCCACUAUCUCUGUCUCUCCCACUCUCUGACUCUCAAAUAAAUAAGUAAAGCACACACACACAUGCACACACACACACAGGCACCAUGAGAGGGGUAACUGCCCAGCCCCUCACCUCUGGGCAGGAGCUCCUGGUGCUGCAACUUCCCAGAAUUCUCCCGGGAUCCGGCGCCACCACGCCCCAGAGGCUCCUCCUGGAGCCACCACUCGGCUUCCUGUCUCCCCCUGGCCUGGCCUGUUUUCCUGGUUCCCUGCCGGUUUCUGUGGAGAGCACUCCCUCAAUAAAUCAAUUGCGUAAGA